AUGUCAUUUUGUGAGAAAUAUAAAUCUUAUUUAAGGCGAGCUGACGAAAUAAAAGGUGUUUGCCCUGUGGCUGCGUUUUUUUGUCUCUCCUUCGUUGUAGAGAAGUUGAAAGAAAAAUACAUUGAAGAUAAAACUAAUAAUGAGUUAAGGUGUGAGCUAUCAACGCUCCUAGACCAAGCGGAAGGUCUAAAGGAGAAGUACGGACCCUUCAACAUCCAAGAUUGUGUAACAUUCACUAAAGAAAUGAUCGAGGAUGCAGAAUCUGACGAAAACCCGAAAACAUCAAUGGGAAAAUUUUGUACCAUAGUAACCCUCACAGAUGUAAUUAGUACGUUUGGUAAUUCCGAGGAAUGUACAAAAAUGAGGAAAUAUGCAAAGUACCGCGCAUUGGAGAAGAAACGUCACAUAGAAUCUAAAAUGCAAAGACAAGUACCUGACACUUUAAAUGCAGAUGAAAAGAUCGAUUCCGCCACUUCCAACGGGGACGGUAUUAUACAAUGUAGUAAAGAAGUAAAUUCACCAGAAUACACUCAUAAAUGCGACGAAGAAGUUAUGAUUUCACAAAGAAUAGUACAGUAUGCAAAGUCAGCAAUUUCUGCGUUAUCGUUUAAUGACUACCCCGAAGCGGAGAAGAAUUUGCGAUCUGCUCUAUUGGCUUUAAAAAGUAUAGAGUACUGA